AUGAUAUCCCAGUUAUACAGAUGCACCGGUCGAGCUAUAUUCUGCGCUCCAAGUCGCGUCGGAAUCUGGGAUUUGCACGCGACGAGGCCGCCGUCGAGCGUCGCGUAUGAAAGAGAAAGGACUGAUUACCCCUUUUUGGAUCUAUCCUAUCGUAAUUACACAUCAACGACUCAAAUCAAUUUCGCCUUGCCCACUGGCUCACAAACCCAUUCAACCAUUAUCAACGAAACGGAAUUUCCAUCAUUGGGGGCGCGAAGCACCCCGUCCGGAGGCGGUUUUUCUCCGUUGCCAACGACGAGCGGUGGCAGCUUCUCGGCAAAUCAAUCCCCUUUACCAUACAAGGACCAAAUCAACCAUCGAGCGAACUAUGCAACUUUGAUGCGUGGCGUGGAAGCGUCACUAAAUCCGGAGUUUCAAAUUCAAAACGAAGAUUUCCCGGCGUUACCAGGAGCGUCUCCCGGCGAUCAUCCAGCCCAAGCGCCUGCCUCAUUGAUGACUGCUGCGAACGAUAUGCCAGUGUCGUCAGCAGCAGCGGCGGCGGCAGCAGCGGCAUCAAGCGAUCCAUUUGGUGUUCGUCCGGCUGGCGAACCACCUCGGGGUAUCAUCACCCAUCCGGAUGGUGAAGUGUCGAACAUUCCUCCGACAAUGCUUGCGGAUCAAUUCGGCAUGGCUGGUCUUGUCACCUACCUGCGCACUGUCGACAAUCCGUCGAUAGUGUCAUUAGCACUUGGCUACGAUCUCACCACGCUCGGAUUGAAUCUAAACCUUUCCGAACGGCAUUUGUACACCUCUUUCGGUGGUCCCUGGGCUGACAACCCGAUCCGACCGCACGAAUUGGAUGUGAAAGUACCCGAUGACUACUUGACAAAUGCUCAAAUUCGGGAAAAGUUACCACCGGUAAAAUUGAACAAAUUGUCAGAAGAUGUUUUGUUCUACUUGUUUUACAACUGCCCGGGAGAAGUGUAUCAAUUAGCUGCUGCAUGUGAAUUGUAUCAACGAGAUUGGCGGUUCCAUAAGAGCGAAGGAAACUGGUUGACGCGAUCACAAUAUGGCGGAGUCAAGGAGCAAACGGGAUCUUACGAAAAGGGACAAUACAAUGUGUUCGAUCCGUUGCAAUGGCGUAAGAUUCCCAAGGAACUGAAGCUGGAGUACAAAGAGCUUGAAGAGCGACCGAAGUUGCCAGCGAUCGCUUCGUUCUCCCGAAAGAAUUCCCACGAGCGUUGUGACGUCAUCGACGGAUUCCCAACACUCGAAAACGUCGCGACCUCGCCACCACGUGUUUAUAUGUUCCCUGCGCGGCGCCAGUGUCGUCACGACACCGAUCGCUUGCGCUCCCCACGUCCUCAACCAGAGUCCGUCGUGCAUUGUCUCUGA